AUGUCUAAAACCUUCGUCGGCAAUGUCAAGAGUGUUCUCAGUGGUGACACUCUGAUAUUGACCAGCCCCAACAACCCGACUGCCGAGCGAACCUUCUCCCUUGCCUAUGUCACUGCGCCUCACCUGAAGCGCGAGGGCGACGAGCCCUUCGCCUUCCAGUCUCGCGAGUACCUGCGCAACCUGGUCGUCGGCAAGCCUGUUCAAUGCACUGUUCUCUACACCAUCCCCACCUCCGGACGAGAGUUUGGCAGCGCCAAGCUCAAGGAUGGAACCGACUUGCCCGACGAGCUCGUCAAGGCUGGCUGGCUCAAGGUCCGCGAGGAUGCUGGCCGGAAGGAGGAGUCUGAGGAUAUCCUCGCGAGGCUCGAGAACCUCCGUCAGCUCGAGGCCGCGGCCAAGGCUGACGACAAGGGUCUCUGGGUCGGUGUCGGUGGAAUCAUUGAGGUGCAGAAUGACCUAGGUGGCCCCAAUUUCAUGAAGGAGUGGAAGGGAAAGACUGUUGACGGUAUCGUUGAGCGAAUCCUGAGCGGUGACCGACUCCUAGUGCGACUCUUGCUCUCAGACAAGAAGCACGUUCAGCCCAUGACUCUGCUUGCUGGUAUUCGAACACCCUCCACUGAGAGGACACUGCCUUCCUCUGGCGCCACCCAACCCGCAGAGGAAUAUGGAAACGAGGCUCGGGCAUUCGUUGAGACGAGACUGCUCCAGCGCAAGGUCAAGGUUGAGAUUGUCGGCGCCAGCCCCCAGGGCCAGCUUGUCGCAACUGUCCUUCACCCCCGCGGAAAUAUUGCCGAGUUCUUGUUGCAGGAUGGCUUGGCGCGAUGCAACGACUUCCACUCCACCAUGCUAGGCGACAAGAUGGCCGCCCUACGCGCUGCUGAGAAGCAGGCUCAGUCUAAGAAGCUGCGACUCCACAAGCACCACGUCGCUAAGGCCGAUGGUGGUAACCAGGAUAUGGUUGUGUCUAAGAUCCUUGGCGCCGACACUAUCCUCGUCAAGACCAAGGCUGGAGCCGCGGACAAGCGAAUCAGCUUCAGCAGUGUCCGAGGACCGCGUGCUGGCGAGCCCUCCGAGAGCCCCUUCCGAGACGAGGCCAAGGAGUUCCUCCGAAAGCAGUUGAUUGGCAAGCAAGUUCGUAUCAGCGUCGAUGGAACCAAGCCUCCCACCGAGGGCUUCGAGGCCAGGGAGGUUGCUACCGUUACCGAGAAGGGCAAGAACAUUGGUCUCCUUCUAAUCGAGUCUGGAUGGGCCUCUGUUAUUCGACACCGAAAGGACGACACCGACCGAGCCCCCAACUAUGAUGAGAUGCUGGCUGCUCAGGAGAAGGCCAAGGAAGAGGGCAAGGGAAUGUGGUCUGGCAAGCCCUCGAAGGCGCGACAGUACCUGGACCUCUCUGAGAACACCCAGAAGGCCAAGAUUAUGUUGGCCACCCUCCAGCGACAGAAGAAGGUUCCCGCCAUUGUCGACUUCUGCAAGGCUGGUUCUCGAUUCACCAUCCUGAUCCCCCGCGAGAACGUCAAGCUUACCAUGGUCCUGGGCGGAAUCCGCGCACCCCGUGCUCCCCGAGCAGACGGUGAGGGCGGCGAGCCUUUUGGAAAGGAGGCUCUUGACCUCGCCAACCGCCGAUGCAACCAGCGAGAUUGCGAGGUGGACAUUCACGACAUGGACAAGGUCGGUGGCUUCAUUGGUGAUCUGUACAUCAACCGAGAGAACUUCACCAAGGUGCUGGUAGAGGAGGGUCUCGCCACUGUUCACGCCUACUCUGCCGAGAAAUCCGGUAACGCGGCUGAGUUGUUUGCCGCAGAGAAGCGAGCUAAGGAGGGCCGCAAGGGCCUGUUCCACGACUGGGACCCCUCUCAAGAUGAGGAAGUUGAGGAGGAGCCUGUCGAGGCUGUUGAGGAGACGGAGCUUAACUUCGAGAAGAAGCCCACCGACUACCGGGACGUCGUCAUCACCAACAUUGACGGCAAUGGCAAGAUCAAGAUCCAGGAGAUUGGCAAGGGAACGGCAGCUCUGGAGGGUCUGAUGAGCGACUUCCGCAAGUUCCACUUGGACUCCAAGAACAACAAGCCUCUCAAGGAUAGCCCCAAGACGGGCGAGUAUGUGUCCGCCAAGUUCUCUGCGGACGGCCAAUGGUACCGAGCGCGUGUCCGUGCCAACGACCGCACUGCCAAGGUCGCCGAGGUCAUGUACAUUGACUACGGCAACAGCGAGAAGAUUCCCUGGGCCAACCUGCGAUCCCUGGACCAGCCUCAGUUCAGCCCCCAGAAGCUCAAGCCCCAGGCUGUCGAUGCCUCCCUAUCAUUCGUACAGCUCCCCACUGGCGCCGACUACUUUGCUGAUGCUAUUGGCGUCAUCGCUGAACUGACGGAGGGCAAGCAGCUGGUGGGCAGCUUCGACUUUGUCGACAACAAGGAGAAUGUGAGCUACAUUACGCUUUACGACCCCAAGGACAACAAGUUGCCCGGGCCCAACGACUCCAUCAACAAGGAGGUGGUGGCCAGCGGAUACGGCAUGGUCCCCAAGAAGCUCAAGGCGUGGGAGCGCAGCAAGGCCUUUGAGACUUACUUGAAGCACCUUAAGGAGGUCGAGAGCCAGGCUAAGCAGGAUCGUCUGGGCAUGUGGGAGUAUGGCGACAUUACCGAGGACUAA